GUCCUAGUCAGUUUAACGUGUUUGCAUCCGUUUUUUAGUAUGAAGACCUUGUUUGCUUUAGAGAUAUCAGACCUGGUGCCCCCCACCACUACCUGGUGGUGCCAGUGGAGCACAUGGGAAACUGCAAAACGCUGAAGACAGAACACAUACCUGUAGUGAAGAGAAUGAUGGAAGUUGGAAAAGCUGUCCUCCAGAGAAAUAAUUUUAGUGACUUGAAUGAUAUACGAAUGGGUUUUCACUGGCCUCCGUUCUGCUCAAUAUCCCACUUGCAUCUUCACGUCCUGGCCCCAGCCAGUCAGCUGGGAUUCUUAUCCAGACUCAUUUACAGAAUCAACUCCUACUGGUUUAUCACGGCUGAACAACUGAUUGAGCGACUGCAAACUGAAAAUGCUGCCAGCUGAAAGCCCUCUUAGCCUUGUGUCGCUAGCCAGUUUGUUCUUUGUCUUUGAACUCUGAUUUAAGGUUGCGCAGUUUGAUGUUGCCAAUAAUAUACCAGGACAAAAAAGCUUUAGCUCCUUAUGAGGAAACACACCCAGAAUUUGUAGCUGCCAACCUAAUUCUCCUGUUUGCAUACCCGAGUCUGUAUACUUCUCUGACAGCAAGGGGAUGUAUUUUAAUUAGAAUUUUAUAUUUGUAUAUAUACACAUACAUAAUACAUAUGCACACAUGCAGAGAACUUUUCUUAGUUAAAGGCAGGGUAAAGCAGCAGAAUGUAUUGCAACUAAGGCAACAAGUUACUGCUAACAGCAUGUAUGUGGUACCAAAGGGAGUAUUUGUUGCAGAAUCAAGCUUUUAUUUUAAAGAUUCGUUGUUCUGGGAUUGCAAAUAACAUUUAAAACAUUUAAGUUUCCAUCGGUAUUUGUAUGAUGUGUUACUUAUGCCUAGUUAUUACUAGGUACACUGCUGAAAGUACACUACUAACCUUCUGGUGCUAAACCACUUCAAUAUAUUACCUGUCUUAUUUGCAUGACAGUGAUGUAGUAAAUGUUAAUACGAUAGGUGUCCAAGAUGCGAUAAUGCUAUAUAACAUAGACUGUAGUUUAAAUGUACGUGUAAGUGGUUGUAUGUUGAACUUAAAGAUUGUUUUCCUCUUAUGUGCAUAAUAUUUUAAAUUAGUUAUUGUAUGUUUACAAAAAUCAUGAAGAGUUCAGAGGAAUUGAUUUAAUGUAUUGCUCUUCUGCAUGAUGGUAGGGGAAAAAAAAAAUCCGUAUUUUUAGAUGGUUCUGAUACUGUUCUUACUGGAAGUCCCUUGCAGGUUACUAAUGCCUUGGCUAAAUUUGAUUUCUAAAUGAAGUCAUAAGAGAAAUGGGUCUUUAGUGCAGCGAGCAUGCGGCAGGCUUGUGUAAUAGCAAUCUGAUUUGAAUUUGGGAUAGCAGCAGGGACUCAGCCCAAAACUGGAACAU